GUAUUUAUUAGUUGUGUUGUUGCCAUUGUUGCUGUCCUGCACUACUGUCUACGUGGAUAUGAACCAUGGCUGGUACAGUAUGCAGCAAGUCUAAAGAAGCAGAGACUUUUCCUGACACACUUGCUGCCUUUGGAUAUCAAUUUGAUAAAGAUGGAAAGUUGAAAAAUAUAGAAACAGGAGAGGAGUUUGAAUUCGUAGUUCGAGAGGGAGACCAAAAUUAUAAUCAGAAACACUACGAAGCUCUUGGUGAGGUCCUGACAGAAGAGGUGUACAAACUUCUCGAGACAGAUUGUAAACUAAAAAGAUGUCCAGUCCCUCAUGAUGCCAAGGAUGGUGAACCAAACACAUUUAUUUUUAUGUCUGAAGAUGCAAUGACGAAUCCAGACAAGAUCUUAGUUUUGAUCCAUGGUAGUGGAGUGGUUCGUGCUGGACAGUGGGCCCGAAGAUUGGUUAUAAAUGACUCACUAGACUCAGGGACACAGAUUCCAUUUAUCAAGAAAGCUCAAGAAGAAGGUUAUGGUGUUGUGGUAAUGAACACAAAUGACAAUUAUCGGGUCAACACAAAAAAGAAAAGGGACAGAAUCAGGGGCAGUGAGAAUCCAGAAAAUCAUGCUUUGUAUGUGUGGGAUAACUAUAUUAAAAAGUGCAAGUCCAAGCAUAUUGCCCUUGUUGUACACAGUUAUGGGGGAUGUGUCACCACUGCUCUGUUUAUGCGGAGAAAGGAAGAAUUUAUAAAGCGAGUGUUUGCAGUAGCCAUGACAGAUUCUGUCCACUUCAUCUCCAGUCCUGCAACUUUCAAGGAAUUAGUCAGAGUUUCCUGCAAUUGGGUUUGCAGCCAGCGUCCACUAGACACUCCAGUUUCCACACAGCCAGGAGACAUCAAAAGGGUAUCCUCAGGUGUGACCGUGCACGAGAUGACGUCCUGGGCUAGCAUCCACAGCAUCUUCAAGUUCUUGAAGCAGCGUCUGGAUGCCGUCUUGCGGCCUGAAGUUGAGGUCAUCGAUAGUGAUGCUUCUGUUGAAAAUGAAGUCCUUAUCGACGCUGAUGCUGGAGGUGUAACAGGAAAGGAUGACGCUGAUGGUGCAAAUGGAAAGGAUGGUGACACUGAUGGUGCAAACAGAAAGGAUGGCGAUGCAGACGGUGCAAAUAGAAAAGAUGAUGACACUGAUGGUGCAAGUAAAAAGGUUGGUGACGCUGGCGAUGCAAAUGGAAAAACUGCUGAUGAUUCUGAGGGCCAGGAGAAUACUGUCAGCCUUGCCAGUAAGCGUCAUGGUACCAAAUCUGACCAUGAGGAUCCUCAUGGUGAGGGUAAGAGUAAUCGCCCAGUGGGUGGCCAUGACAUCAGUGAUGACGAGGAGCAGUCAGUCGAAAAUAAAAAAGCGAAAAUAAAUACGUAGAUGUUUGGAAUGCUGGCGCUGAUGAUGCUGUGGGAGGCAUUGACAAUGUAAGGGUCAAUAGUGAAAACAUUGUAAAUAAUGCCGACAAGCUGUGGUAAAAGACGCAUGACAGGGGACAUAUUAUGGAAAAAGUUUCAAUUCUGGGACUGUUCAUUCUAAACACAUUGUGCAUGGAGCUUGAGAAAAUCUAAGUUUAUAUAGGUAAUGGAAUAUUUGGAGUGAGCUGAACAGUAGUGAAGUCACUAAGUAGUCAUUGAGUAGCUUUAAAAAACAGGUUAGUAGGCCUACUGCGUUGCUCUGUGUUCACCUCGUGGCCAUGUCUAGAGGUGGGAAGGGCGGUGUGUGUGUUCGAGAAGCACGUGUGCCAACGUGACAGAGUACUGUACAGUAUAUCUACCCGCUUUCUCCUCUCCAGUGUUUAUUAGUGCUAUCAGGGUUGCUUCUAAACACUUGACUCAGUAGUGUAGACACCAGCUACCGCUGAUGUCUACACUAUCCCGUGAAGGGCACUGACAACAAGUGGGUGGGGGAAACUGAUAGAAGUCUCAUUGUUAGGAUCAAAGAACACAAAUAUGCAUGUAAAAAGGCUGACCAACGUAAUGCCAGUGAUGCAUUGGGACAGGGACUUUUAAUGAAAUAGGACGAAGCCCAGAUGGUCAUCAGGGAGACAGAUUUAAGAAGACUCGUGUUCAGAGGAGAAAACAAAAAUAUUUACUGUACCAUGUCUGCCACGGUGGUACAACGUUUCUCAAAUGCACAUCGCCUUACCUACCUCAGAAUACAGUUAUCCGGUGAACAAUGAGAAUCACUACAAUAGGCCUACUGGCCCAUGCUAAACGGGUCCCUCUCAAAUCCAACUCUUUAAUUUGUCUAACCUUAUAACUCUUCAGCUCCCCUGACCUUACUAAAUAAACUUCAGUACUCGCAUGUGCCUUUCCUUCUAUGAA